AUGAUAAGCUAGGAUAAAACGGUUGCUUAAUAAAAUGAAAACAAUAGUGAGGAAUAAGAUGGAAAUGCAGAACGAAAUCUGUCGGCCACAUUAUCUAAUGAAAAAUCUAAGAAAUACUAUGACUUUGACAACCCAGUAAAGGGUAGUGUCCCAAUGAAGGGAAACUUGAUGAUAAACUAUCGUAACUAUCAAUUGAGAAAAGUUAAUAAAAAUAUUGUAAACAAGGAUAUUACCAAUGUGCUAGUGAUCUGUACCGGUGGAACAUUUUGCAUGGUUAAAACUCCCAGAGGAUACAUGGUUCAAAGAGGAUUGAUUGAGAGACUUAAAAUGUAUCAUUGCUUCCAUGAUACCGAGUAUGCGAUGACAGCUUAACUAAAAUCUGAUGAACUUAUAACUCCAGUUACUCCAUUUGAAAAGAGGGUCAAGUAUACAAUGUUAGAGUUUGAAGAUCUGAUAGACUCAAGUAAUAUGAUGAUUAGUGAUUGGGUUAAGAUAUCUAAGACAAUAGAACAUAACUACAAAAAAUAUGACGGUUUUGUGAUUCUUCAUGGAACAGAUACAAUGGCCUACACUGCUUCAGCCCUUUCAUUCAUGUUAGAGAAUUUAAAAAAACCAGUAGUUGUUACUGGAUCAUAAAUACCCCUAUUAGAAAUGAAAAAUGAUGCAAUCGAUAAUCUUCUCGGAUCCCUUAUUGUUGCAGGACAUUUUGAGAUUCCAGAGGUCGUUAUUUUCUUUUCAAACACUCUCAUGAGAGGUAAUAGAACUUAAAAAGAAAGUACAACCGAAAUGAGUGCAUUUUGUUCUCCUAAUUUUAAACCUCUUGGUGUAAUGGGGGUCACUUUUGAAAUAUCUUGGGAUCACAUUGAAAGAUCUGUUUAUGAUGGAUAAAUGGUCGUAUUCACUGAAAUGUCGAACAAUAUCUCCUUAAUAAGUAUGUCACCUUUGUUUAACUUAAAUAUCAUUGAAAGUAUCCUUGAAAAAUCAGAAGGCGUAAUAAUAUAAGCCUAUGGUAUGGGAAAUAUUCCAAAUAAAUCUAAAGAGCUUAUGGAGUUACUUCGACUAGCUAUUGAAAAAAAUGUAAUCGUUGUAAUAUUGACACAAUGCCACAAAGGAGGAGUAAAUGAUCUUUAUGAGGCUGGUAGAUCUUUAACUGAAUUAGGUGCUGUUCUAGGCUAAGAUAUGACUUUAGAGUGCUGCUAUGCAAAAUUAAGCUAUCUUCUUGGAAAGGGAUACUCAACCGAGAAAAUUAAGAAGAUGCUUAUUAAAAGUAUGAGAGGAGAGCUUACUGACAUAAAAAGAGAUAAAAAAGUCUUUUCUCUUAAAAAUAGUAAUUUAGUAUCAGCAAUAGCAAGAGUGAUAAAAAAUGAAGAAGCUGGUGACUAUAAACAAAUAUUCAAGACUAUCGAGCCAGUUUUGCUGAAUUCAAUUGCUGCUUCACUUGUUUAAAAGGACACAUAGAAGUAGUCAAAUUCCUAAUUAAAGAGAGUAAACUUAGAUUAAAUAAUAACACUAAUAGAUAUUAACUUGGAUAAGAUUGAUUCAACAGGAUGUUCUCCUUUGUAUCAUGCUAUAAGAAAAGGCUACAGCGAUAUAGCUCUUCUAUUGUAUUUUAAAGGAGCAUCCGUCCAUACUUUACCAGAAAAAAUGGCUAAACUACUAUGUAUUAGCGGAUUUAAAGGGGAUACUGAGAAAGUAAAACUGCUCAAUUAAUGUGAGGCUGAUAUUGAAACAUCAGAUUAUGAUUUGAGAACAGUUGGCCAUCUAGCUGCAGCUGAAGGCCAUACUGAGCUAUUAUUGUAUUUGAUUCAUGAUACAGAAUUCAAUUUCAAUCUUAAGGACAGAUGGGGGAAAAAACCACUUGAUGAAAUCAAUGAUAUUGGAAUAAGAUCUUAAUUCAAUAAUGCCUUGAAAAAUAGAGUAACAAAAAGAAAGAGAGGAAAAUCCCAAGAAAGAGAAGAGUUGCAUAGAGUUGUGACAACUAAUUUUAAAACAGGGGAACUUGAAUCAAAUAUCCUAGACAACCUGCAAGAUGAAUAAAAGGAGGAGAUUAUUCAUCAUGUUAAUCAAGUAAAGAUUGGAGUUAAGAAACUUGAUAAAAGAGAAUGA